AUGUCCAAUAAGGCGAGCAUGAAUCGUAUGCGCGUUUCUGUCCCUACGAGGCGUGCCGCCCAGGCAAAGACAAUUUUAUCGCAUGCUCACAGUACCUCCUCCAGCGACAGUAUCGCUCGAAGCCUCUCACCAGAGCAGCUGUUGUACGACAAUGUCGACAUCUUCGACCCCCUAUCGUCAACAAUUCCAGCUCUCUACGACCUCGCCUCCGGUGCCCGGACGGCAACACGAGCCGAACAGAAAAUGACUUUAACCCAAGCAUUUCGUCUAUACCCCAAAGCCAUUCCCUGA